GUAUCAGACCCACUGGUGCUACUGAGGUCCAGGAGCUCUCUCCUCCUCCCAUCUCCGCUUGUAAUGGGGGGCUGCAUGCAGCGGUGAAGUCACAGUGAUGUCAUUUGAGGAUGUGAGAGAGUAGGGGACAAGGUGAGCUGGUCUUGCAGUGAGUGGUCCCCCCCCUCCACGGCCAACGUUGCCUGUACAAAGGCGCGGAGCGGCGAAAGAUGGUCAUCGCCACCGGCACCAAUCCAAGCUGCCACGCGUUCUGUUCUCCACUUGCUCAGAUCUCGGGCCAUGGGGCCCUGAUCUACAUUGAUCCAAAAACUUUAAAGCUUCUCCGCCAACAUGCCAAAGGACAGAAGAUAAGAAGAGUUGCUUUUUUAGGGCAGGUGACUUUAACCAGGUGCCCCAAAGGUAAACUGGAUGGCCAUUGCGCAAAGGUGUCACUACAGCAUGCGCAGCGGGGCCGGGACGCACUGGACGCUUCCAGCAAUUAUUCUGUGGACUUCUCUGUGGGCAAUCGCUUCCUCUUUUCCAAUCCCGAACAGGACUAAUGCUACUUUAUUAGAAAGAAAAUGGGAGACCCUUUUCUCCCGCUCCUAUCUGGGUAUAAACGGGGGCAGAUCGCAGCUGAACUGGCAGAGCGACUACUUGCAGGGCAUCAAACGAGUGCGGCGGCUGUACUGCAACGUGGGCAUUGGGUUUCACCUGCAGGUGCUCCCAGAUGGCAGGAUAAGCGGUGUGCACAGUGAGAACGCAUACAGUCUAAUAGAGAUCUCCACCGUGGACCGAGGAGUGAUCAGCCUGUUCGGGGUGAGGAGUCAGCUGUUUGUCGCAAUGAACAGCAGAGGAAGGUUGUACGGAACGAGAGUCUUCAAGGAUGAGUGCAAGUUCAAGGAGACGUUGCUGCCGAACAACUACAACGCCUACGAGUCUUUUGUUUACAAGGGCUUCUACAUCGGCCUCAGCAAGCACGGCCGCGUAAAGAGAGGCAACAAGGCGACCACCGCCAUGACUGUCACACAUUUCCUCCCGCGACUAUGAAAGAAGCUGACAAUUUCAGAGUAAUUUGCACAUGUGGAUGUUCCUCCAGGUAAUAUAUAUGUAGAAAUGCAAAGUCAUGACAGACGCAACCAUGAACUGCGAAGGAAAACACAAAUAUUUAUUCUGUUAUACAUGUAUAUGUGUAUAUUUGGAUCGCUGCGUUUGUAAAUGUAUGCCAAUCUGUGCUGCUUAUUGUUUUUCUGGACAGGGUGAGUCAAAGUCUUUCCCUGUCCCACUUUACCUUGGUGCUUGCUGUAGCUGAACUACACACCACUUACUUUUCUGAGAUGGAGGAUGAGCUAUAUGCUGUGCUUUUAAAGAGUGAUAUUAAUACUUUUUAUUACCUCAAUGAACCACUUCACUAGAUGAAGGAAUGCAUGGACUUCUGCUCAAAUAUCUGCUGAGUUUAUUAUUUUAUUUAAACCUUUAAAUGCUUGACAGUUUGCUGCUCAAUUAUUGAUGUCCUGCAGUGGAGAGGAGCAAUUUAAAUGCACUACUUUUUUCCUGCACGAUUUAAAGGUGCCUUGGUGUUCCCACUUGCUGGCCCCCUUUACACCUCUGUGUAAGAGACACCCGGAGGAGUCAGAAAUAGGCCUGACGCUCCGGAGAGGGCCUCAAAGGAGGGUAAAGGAGGGGGGUCGGCUAUCUCUGGUUUAUUUUCUUUUCUGUAAUUAGAUCAAUUAAGUAAUAAACAAUCUGUGGUUGAAACCAGAGAACGGUCAGCCAUGGAUACUGGCAUAAGGCCACAUGUUUUUCCGUGUAGCAUAUCCAGUAAGCAAACAGGGUGGAAAUCCGUAUGUGCCGCAGCAUGGAGAAACGUUUCGGGUUGGACCUGGCUUGCUUCUGCACAAUUAUCGACUGAGCAGAUGAAGCAAAUACAAAUGCUGCUGCACAAUGCCUUUGAAAGAGCCCCGGCAGCGUGUAGCUGUUUUUGAAAUGCAAAGCUUUUAGCUGCUAUUAAAAGGAUGAAACCAAUGGAAAAUGAUGUAAAUAGCUGCAAAUUUAAAAGAAGACUUUUUGUAGCACAAAAAAAAUACAAAGGCUGCACAAGAAACCAGCAAUGAUGCUACUUAAACUUGGUUCUUUCAGUUCGUCUUUGGUUUAGUGUGUUUGGGGAGGAUUUUGGUGCUCUAGGUGUUUCUUGCAGCCUUUCCAUUUUUUCUGCAGCAGCACUGCAGUGGCAUCUCAGUGCAGGAAGCUAGAGGCAAUUCAGAUCUAAAUGCAAUUACGGAUUGAUCAGUUUUUUUGUACAUGAAAGGAUAAAGCAGUUGAAAAACAUUAUGCAAGGCUUAUGUUUUGGUGCUUAGCAUCUACAUUUAGGCUUAAAUUUCUACACUGAGGGGGUAAAAUGAUGGAAGAGGUUAUGUAUACAUCGCAGCAGUUUGUUCACAAAGCGGAAAAUGGAGGACUUUUUGCAGACUCAUGAAUUGGAUAUUCUUGUUCAGUAUUCCAAAGAUGUUUUUCUCGCCUCAUUCUCUGAAUUCCCAAGACUCCUGUAGAGUGAAUCUGCUUGUGGUUUCUGCAGCUGUUAACUGCUUCAUUCCUGUGCGACAGGAAGCAGGACUAUUUAAACCCAGGAAAGACGUGUGUGUGCACGGAGACGCCACGCUGUCUUUGUUUGUCAAUCCAUCGCCCCCUCUGCAGGAAUGUGGAUCUGUCAGGAUGACAGGGACGCUUCCCCACAUACCUGAACUCUUCGCAGGCUGCCCUGUCCGCCUCUGCCUGUUUGCUACCCCCAACCUUCACCCCCACAACUCACACAGUGCAUGGAGGAGCCUUUCAGAUUCCACUUUUAACCUGUGAGCUUCCUCUUCUCAUUUCAGCCUUUUUUAGUUCAAGGUCAGAGUCGUUGAGCAGCUUUUGGUUCCACACCUGUGGUCAGGGUGGUCUGUUGUCAAGAGCAGGAAUUUAAAUAAUCUUUUUGGCUCGUAGCCCUUCACGUGUACGUUACAACCACAAAUCUUAUGUGAGAGAUCAACACAAAGUAGAGCAUUAUUGUGAAAUGGAAGGAAAUGGAUGCAAUAUGUUGUUCAAUUACACCUGCAAGUUAUUUUGGAGUUCCAAGCAUCUUCCUAUCAAUGUUACCUGAAGAACAAACAUAUCCCCACAGCAUGAUGCUGUGACUACCAUGGUUUGUAUUGGGGAUGGUGUGUGGUAUUAGUUUCCUGCUACACAUAGUGAGAAAGUUUUGUUUCAUCUGACCAGAGGUCUGUCUGUCAUAUAUUUGCUGUUCCCUACAAGGCUUGUGGAAAAAUGCAAACAGACUUCUUAUGGUUUUCUUUAUGAAGUGGCUUUCUUGUUGCCAUUCAUCCAUAAAGGCCAAAUUUGUGCAUUGCAUGACUAAUAGAUGACACGGAUAUAGAUUGUCCCACCCGAGCUGUGGCUCGGCAACUCCUCCAGAAUUACCUUGCAGCUGUUUCUCUGAUUAAGGCUCUCUGUGAAUUUGGGUGGACAGCCAUGUGUUGGUAGGUUUAUAGUUGUGCCAUCCUUUUUCCAUAUUCAGAUGAUGGAUUGAACAGAGCUCCAUGUUCAAAGCUUGAGAUGGUGUUUUAUAAUCUAACCUUGCUAUAACCUUCUCCACAUCUUUAUCUCUGACCUGUCUGGUGUGUUCCUUGGUCCUCAUGAUGCCGUUUGUUCACCAACGUUCUCUAACUAACCUCUAAAGCGUUCAAAAACAGGCUGAGAUUUGGUAGAACUGCAUGAGUUUUGGGAGCGAAUCUGGUUCCUUCCAUGGAUUUCAUCUGCUAACUGCUACAAAUUAAUCAAAUCAUCACGUUUCUUGCUCCUUUCUCCAAGUGCUGGGGUUGGAAUGUAUAUAUAGAGAGGACCUUUGCAGAGUGGAUGCAGUCUGUGAUGAGCUGAGCUACGCAGAUCCUGAGCUCACCUCUGCCACUGCAAAAACCACACAGUCCUUCUGUCCUCAGGACGGUCCUCCCUCCGUCCUGACCUCAAACCCCUCAGAUCAGCGCAUGCUGACACGUCAUUUGUCUGCUCCGUGGAUUCGUGUCUUCAGCACAGAAGGGCGACGGUUUCAACAAAGAAACAAAGAUAAGAAUUUGUAGAUGAGGCUGCAUGUUAGUCCAUUUGGAGAUUUUUUGGAAUAUAAUUUAGGCCAUGAAAGGUGUCAGAGUAGAAGACAUCUGAUGCCUCUAGCAGCACUUUAAACAGGACGUAUUGAUCAAUAAACUACAGCAAAUAAAUGUGUUUGAUACUUAAAAAGGGUUUAACAUACAAAAACUCAGCUUUGAUCAAAAUCUUAUUACAAAAAUAUUUUCUUUCUAUUUAUUUUUCUUUCUAAUUUAAGUGAAGGUAUAGAAUUGCUGUUUAUGUUUGAAUGUAUAGCAGCCAGCCUGAGUCCUGAGCUUGACUGCAGGUACACACUACAUGUGUUGUUUUACUCUAUUCCUCUGUUCUCAUAUACCUCACCUCCUGCCUUAGUUUUGGUUUGCUGAUCACUGUAAAAUAAGAAGAAACAAACUUUACUGGUUUGUUUCUCAAGGCAGACAUUGCUAAUUAUUUUUCUUCCUUUUAUUUUUGUACGUAUGUGCUGUGCACAGCAAUCUACUGUAUUCCUGAGAUAAGAAAUAAUAAAAGUUUUUUUUUUUUUUUUUAACA